AUGGAAAUUAUACAAUCGGCCGGAAACCGGCGGAAAAGUGGCUACAACCGAUUAACUCUGGCAAGCCGUAGAAACCUUAAAGUGUCCAAGUUAGGCGGCUCCAAGCGUUCAUGGCGGCUCAGGCUCACACCGAAACUGCGGCUGGUCAGGCUGGCUUCGCCGCUCAGGCUGUGGCGUCGGUUGAAGAACGCGUACAUGAACAUGAUGCUCAAGUUCGCCGGCACCGGUUCCGGCGGCUCGAACGCCGUUAAUGCUUUCGGGGUGAAGAGGAUACCGAAAGCACGUGGCGUCCCGAUGGCUUACUCGAGGGCGGAGUUUGAGAACCGGCUGAUUUUCGAGAUCUACAAGUCAAUGGUCGAUUCUUUUGAACUGGGCUACCAAAAGCAACCCAGUUUGAAGCGGCGACACUCUGUUGUAACGUGCAACCCGGUAGAGCUUGAACAGCUCUCGGUCAGUCCUGGGCUGAUCCCGGUUGUUCCCGAACAACACCCGGUCGACCACGAAUCGCACCCGGUUUGUCCCGAACACGUCCCGAUGACUUCGUUUCAAGCUGAAAACGGAAAUCAACAAUAA